AUGGCAAGGAGGAUGGAAGCAUUGAAGGUGGUGGCGUGGAGGAUGGGGACAGUGGGCAGGGGUACAUUGAGGAUGGGAACAGUGAGGGUGAUGGCAUGGAGGAUGGGGGUAGUGGGCAGUGGGCAGUGGGGCGUUGGUGAGGGCGAUGGAGGUGGCGGUGAGGGGGGUGGGGGUAAGAGAGGUGGUGGUGAGGGUGAUGUGGAGGAUCGUUGUCAUCGUCAUCGGCGACACCCAGGAUCAUGGUGGCGGACUAAGACUAAACCUCACAAGGAGAAGCCACAUCAUUGGGACGGAGAACUUACACGCGACAAGGGCGGAGAGAUAACACAACAGGGACGGAGGGAUUCAUGCGGCGACGAGGGAGGUUGCAGAGCUCGUAGCGAUUAG